AUAUUAUAUACAGUACCUUCAAAGGCCUCCUCCGUCCUCAUAGCUUCUUCCUUCUCCUUCCUCUCUCUCUCACUCACCGAUACAUUCAUCACUCGUAAUCUCUCCAGAUCCGAGGAUUCUCGUGUUUACAGAUUUGUAAACUCGUAAAACGUACGUGGAAUUUGGAUUUGUUUGAUCUGUUUGGUAAACAAUCAAGCAUGGCUGCUCCAGUGCCUCCAGGAGCACAAAGACCUAACAAUCCUCAAAACUCUGGUCCUCCUCCUAAUUUCGUCCCUGGUUCACAAGGAAACCCCAAUUCUUUAGCUGCUAAUAUGCAGAAUUUGAACUUGAACCGGCCACCUCCUCCUAUGCCUGGUUCAGGUCCUAGACCAUCACCACCUUUUGGUCAGUCACCACCACCGUUUCCUCAAUCAGCACCUUCUUAUGGGGUUCAACAACAACAACCAAGGCCUUCUCCAAUGGCUAGGCCUGGACCUCCUCCUCCUGCUGCGAUGGCUAGACCAGGUGGUCCUCUUCAGGUAUCGCAGCCUAGUGGGUUUCCAUCAAAUUUUCAAGGAGGAAGACCCGCUGCUCCGCCUUCUAAUCAGCCACCUUUUGGCUCUAGACCAUCGACCGGCCCAUUGAUUGGUGGUGGUUCGUCGUUUCCUCAGCCUGGUGGUUUCCCAGCUUCAGGUCCACCAGGAAGUGUAGCUGCACCUCCUCCGACAGGAGCUCGCCCUUUUGGUUUUGGUUCACCUCCACCUAUGGCACCUGGCAUGUCCAUGCCUCCUCCCUCUGGCGUGCCUGGCGGUCCGUUGAAUAAUGGGCCUCCUCCCUCUGGCAUGCCUGGUGGUCCGUUGAGUAAUGGCCCUCCUCCCUCUGGCAUGCCUGGCGGUCCGUUGAGUAAUGGGCCUCCUCCUCCGAUGAUGGGGCCGGGGGCAUUUCCUAGAGGAUCACAGUUCCCAAGUGGUCCUAUGAUGGCUCCACCGCCACUCUAUGGACAGCCUCCUAUUGCAGGUCCUUUUUCAGGAAAUUCACCAUUAUCUUCGCCUCCUGCUCAUUCACUGCCUCCGCCAACAACUUUUCCUGGUGCCCCUUAUGGCAGACCACCCAUGCCAGGAGGAGGCUUUCCUUAUGGAGCUCCACCACAGCAGAUACCUUCUGCUCCUGGUACUCCUGGUUCAAUGUAUGGCAUGGGUCCAAUGCCAAAUCAAUCAAUGACCUCUAUACCUUCUGCUCCUGGUAUUCCUGGUUCAAUGUAUGGCAUGGGUCCAAUGCCAAAUCAAUCAAUGACCUCUGUUUCUAGCCCCUCAAAGAUUGAUAUCAAUCAGAUACCAAGGCCAGGUUCAAGCUCCAGUCCAAUCGUGUACGAAACUCGCGUGCAGAAUCAGGCUAAUCCUCCACCACCCACUACUGUUCAUUAUAUUACUAGAGACACUGGAAAUUGCAGCCCGCGUUACAUGCGAUGCACAAUCAAUCAGAUCCCAUGUACUGUUGAUCUUCUAUCUACAUCUGGUAUGCAACUGGCAUUAAUAGUCCAACCAAUGGCGCUUUCUCAUCCAUCUGAAGAGCCUAUUCAAGUUGUGGACUUUGGUGAGAGUGGCCCUGUUAGAUGUUCACGUUGUAAGGGAUACAUGAAUCCUUUCAUGAAAUUCAUUGACCAAGGAAGGAAGUUCAUAUGUAACUUGUGUGGAUACACUGAUGAGACUCCUCGUGACUACCAGUGUAAUCUGGGUCCUGAUGGUAGACGUAGGGAUGCUGAUGAUAGGCCUGAGCUGUGUAGGGGAACUGUUGACUUUGUUGCUACAAAAGAAUAUAUGGUACGAGAUCCAAUGCCAGCAGUAUAUUUCUUCCUCAUUGAUGUCUCAAUGAAUGCGAUUCAAACAGGUGCAACUGCAGCUGCUUGCGGUGCAAUCCAGCAAGUCCUCUCAGACCUUCCUGAAGGCCCUAGGACAUUUGUUGGAAUUGCCACAUUUGACUCAACAAUUCACUUUUAUAAUUUGAAGCGUGCACUGCAGCAGCCGCUGAUGCUCAUUGUUCCUGAUGUUCAAGAUGUGUAUACACCUUUAGAAACAGAUGUCAUUGUUCAGCUAUCUGAGUGCCGUCAACACCUAGAGAUUUUGCUGGAAAGUAUCCCAACCAUGUUUCAGGAAAGUAAGAGUCCUGAAUCUGCCUUUGGUGCAGCAGUUAAGGCCGCAUUCUUAGCUAUGAAGAGCACUGGAGGAAAGCUCAUGGUGUUUCAAUCAGUUCUGCCUUCUGUUGGCAUUGGAGCACUUUCUUCUAGAGAGGCCGAUGGUAGAGCUAAUGCCUCUGCGGGUGAAAAGGAGGCCCAUAAAUUACUACAACCAGCAGAAAAAACUUUAAAGACCAUGGCUAUUGAAUUUGCUGAAUACCAGGUCUGUGUAGAUUUGUUUAUCACAACUCAAGGCUAUGUUGACAUGGCUUCAAUUUCUGACAUCCCAAGAACAACUGGAGGACAGGUUUAUUGCUAUUACCCUUUCUCAGCUCUUUCAGAUCCCCCCAAGUUAUACAACGAUCUUAGAUGGAAUAUUACGAGGCCACAAGGUUUUGAGGCUGUCAUGAGAGUCAGAUCCAGUCAGGGUAUUCAAGUGCAAGAUUACUCAGGGAACUUCUGUAAACGCAUACCAACUGACAUUGAUCUACCUGCGAUUGACUGUGACAAAGCUGUAAUGGUGACAUUAAAGCAUGAUGACAAACUACAAGAUGGAGCUGAAUGCGGUUUUCAGUGUGCCCUUCUGUAUACCACCAUAUCUGGAGAAAGAAGAAUUAGGGUUCUUAACUUAUCACUCCCUUGUACAAACAUGCUCAGUAACUUGUUCCGCUCAGCUGACUUAGAUUCCCAAUUUGCUUGUAUGCUGAAACAAGCGGCUAAUGAUAUUCCUUCCAAGGCACUUCCGUUGGUAAAAGAGCAAGCAACUAAUAGUUGCAUCACCAUACUACAUUCCUAUCGUAAAUUCUGCGCUACAGUUACAUCAACCGGACAACUUAUUCUUCCUGAAGCACUCAAGCUUUUGCCACUAUAUACUCUCGCUUUAACAAAAGGUGUGGGGUUAAGAGCGGACGGUAGAAUUGAUGACCGAUCAUUUUGGAUAAACCAUGUGUCUUCAUUGUCUACUCCUUUGGCUAUCCCCCUAGUCUAUCCAAGGAUGAUUGCUGUUCAUGACCUAGAUGCAAAGGAUAAUGAAGAAAACGUGGUUCCUUCUCCCAUCCCAUUACAAAGUGAACACCUUAGCGAUGAGGGAGUAUUUUUCCUUGAGAACGGUGAAGAUGGUUUGGUAUAUAUUGGGGAAUCAGUAAAUUCAGAUAUCCUACAGAAGAUCUUUGAUGUUUGGUCAGCUGCUGAAAUUCCAAGUCAGUAUGUGCUGCAACAGUAUGAUAAUCCGCUAUCAAAGAAGUUCAAUGAGGUGGUGAAUGAAAUAAGGGGACAAAGAAGUUCUUACCUACGGUACCUUAAAAGUCUCACUAUCUUGUUUAUUCUCCUGGAGUGAGUA